UUAUUUAGAGUACAGUAUACUGUAAAGCUAAAUUAAUAAGAUAAGAUCUGAAACAAAACUAUACUUGUUAUUUGUCCCAGAAUCACUCAAGUCUUUUUGUUCUUCUGUGGCUUCUCAGUCUUUGCACAGAUGCUGCCUACCCAAGUGAAUUGUGAUGAAGCUCUGAAGGGAGGCUACUUUUGGUGAAAAGUAAUUUGUAUCAUGUCUGAUCAUGUUAUACAAUCAAAUCAUGAUGGUGAGGGAAUGCGUAGAGAAUCUAUGCAUCUUUACCAAUCGAUCUGGAUGGCUCAUUGGACACAUACAAGUCACAAGUCUGAAACCCGGUACGAUAAGCCAUUAUCAUCUUAUUGUGAGUACAAAGAAGAAGAUUGUGACUCUAAGCAACAUGGACCCGAGAUACCAUCAGGCAUUUCUGAACAUACCAAAAAAUUUGGAGAAGUAUUUGAAUCUAGAACAGCUAAUAUUAUACAUGAGAAUCUUAAACUGAGUUCAAUAAAAAGUGGAAAAGAAAUAUUAGAAAGCCACUUCUUUCCAAAGUUCAGUCUUUCUAAAAAAGAAAGUACUAUGCCACUGAAUAACGUCACAACCAAGGAAGGGACACUUACUGAAAUGGGAACUUCAUCUGGAGAAUUUCAUUUCCAGCAUGAAGGUGUCUUAGGGGAUCAGGAACAGCAGGUGAAAUCUCAUGAAUCUAUUGCGAAGAAAAGCUUAGCUGUUUCAACAUCUUUUCCGCAUGAUGUGGGUUCAAGUUCGAAAAUUGUGCCAUGUGGAUACAACAGCAGGAAGUCUCCAAUUUAUUCCUUCAUAUGUGGGCAAGAAAAGAUUAAUCAAUCAGGCACCACUGAAGGGCAUCCCAAGUAUUCUCAGACUACUCACCAUUUUCUAAUCACUAAGAAGACUGAUGUAAACUUGUCAGAAGGAGGUGAAAUGUUCAAAGAAAAAUUGUUCAGCAAAUACCUCAGUCCAUCUUCUGAUUUUGGUUUCCUUGGUCAGCUGGAUGUGAAAAUCCAACCUCUGGGGAGCACCACAGAUAGCGAGGAAAAAGGAAAGAUGGGAGAUAUCAAGACUUCUGCAGUUUCUUUAAAGAAUGAGUCAUCAGCUGACACUGAUACUAUGGACAUGGAUGUUUACCAGAAGGACCAUUUUUCUGAAGUGGUUUCUUCCCCAAAAAAUGAGGUAAAUGUUAUGAAAGAGGACAAAGUAGCAACAUCGCAAGCUGCCGUUGCCUUAACCAGAGAAGAAAUUGGAGGAAGAUUGCCCAACAUUGAGUUAGCUGAUAUAAACCAAGAGCUUCCUGGACUUCCAUCUGUUGCUAACUCUGUGGAUGAUAGCAAGACAACUUCCUCAAGAACUCAGAGUUUGGAUUUAGAGCAUCUCCUUUCACAUGCUGAGCUGCCCACAAAUUCCAAAUCUGUUACUUUUCCAGACGGUCAUAUAGGAUCAGAUCCAAGCAUCAGAUGGAUUAAACGUCUGAAAUUGAGUGCCUCAGGUUCUUUUGCUCAUGGCACUAAGAUUUCUGAAAUGGAAGAAGCUUCUUCCAAUGAAAAAGUUAACAAGUUUGUCAACAAAAUCAUGAGACGCAACAUUACUAGAUUUGAACCCAAAAUGGGCAAAUGCUCUGCUAAAGAACCAACGGUACUGGACCGGACUGCUGGCUUGUUAAGUAAUGGUGAGUCUUAUUUCAGUGAAGCAUUGAGGAACACUCAAGACAUAAGUCUUUCCAAUUGUUGGAUUCGGAGAUGGUGUCAUGAUAGAGCUGCAUCUCGAACACAGAACUGUGAGAGAGUGACACUUUGUAAGCCAGGAAGUUCAAAAGCAACAUUAGAUGAACUUCAAAAGAAGCAGUUUCCCAGCAUACGUGCUAUGGCUAUGAUGGGAAAGGCCCUGAACAGUUUUCAACCAUGUGAAUUUAGGAAAAAGAGGUCAUAUAUUGUUUGGAAAACUUAGGGAUUCUGAGAUGAUUCUACACAGAUUAUGCAGGGAACAAAUAGCAAGCUAAUCAGUCCAUAGAAUCAAUCUGGCUAUCUUGGUUUUGGAAUUGCCUUAGAAAGGGGAAAUGCUUUGGCCAUCCGGAACAAUGAUUCAGUGGACAAGAUGUGGAAUUUUUCUUUAGCUAGAAUGUUCCCUCGGUAUGCUCUCUGCCCUGUAUUUGUUUUGGACUUGGUUUUUUUUUUUUUUUUUUCCUUAGAAUAGGUUUUCUGAGUGUGCUUUGAAUGUGGUAAUUCUUUGGGAGAAAGCGAAAUGAAAAAAGGUGGAGUGGUAAUCAACUGCUCUCACUUUAUAUUGUAUAUUUUCUUGUACUCUGCCAUGUUGCAAAAAUGCCCCUUUUGAUCGUCCA